AUGUUUAGCACGGAGUUUUUGCCCAUGACAAUGCUGCAAAUUACCCUGGCCAUGUGCCUGGCUACAAUAAUAAAAGGAGCAAAGAUGGAGGAGCUAUCAGAAGACCUAAGAACCUCUUCAUCAGCACUGACCUAUCAGAUCCUCAAUGCAGAUCAUUUCUUUCUGAAAGACACCAGUCAGACCUCAAUGGGAAAUUAUACCCAACAUUCACAGAAACAACCCUUCAUAAUCACUGGGCUCACUGGGAAGCCUACCAUCAACAUCAGCUUUGGGCACAUGUCUGUAGAACAGGCUAUUCCUCCAGACUUGAUUAACACUGGUCCCAGGGUCAGAGCUUUCACACUGGCCCGUCAGGUGCGUUCUGCAUCCCCCAUUAUUCAACUGUUGUUUUAUGCAACAAACAAGACAGAUGAUAUGAUGGAUUUGUCAAGUCGAGUCAGUCCAGGGCAGAGUAACACAGGGUACAUAUGUGUAACAGCACACGCCUUCUGGAAAUCGCAAGAGAUCAGAGGGACCUGCUCUAUUUCUGAAAAUGGAGGCUUCUGUUUGGCCCAGUUAAGGCCUGAACCAGCAUGGUUUAGUCCAGGGAGUGCCAGAUCCAGCAAUGAGCGCAGAGCUUCUUCACGUGGGACUGUUGUGGAGCUUUACUAUCAGACCAGGCCCAGUCCCACCAGCCAGUGUAUUCCUCAAGACAGCAAGCAGUGGCAUAGCCCAACUCAGGAGGAUACUAUUGGACACCAAUCCAGAUCCAUUCUGAAGAAAGUUGGCUAUGUAAAUCUCUUGCGUUCACCUCCAGGGAACCCUAUGUUCAUGCGCCUGCGUCUGGGUGGUGCUGUGAUAAUCCAGACUUCUUCUAAACCCCUGAAGACUACAGACAUGGCCACCUUUUAUGUCUUUUUGUCCAGUACCUCCCAGGUAGAGCGUUUCAUUCUCAGAGUCACAGUAAACAGAGGUUUAUUGUUCAACACAGUGAGACCCAGUGAUACUCAGCUAUGGGGCAUCACCUUGGAUGCAGGAAGACCAGGUGAGACCCAGACUGUGCUUGUGACCUGCCAGAGGAAGAGCAGCAUCACUGCCAAAAGGGGUCUACUUGAGGUCCUGCAGCUGGACUUUGACGCACGUGAGCAGGGUGACCCGGCACAGAUCCAGACAAUCACGUGGCGUCUGGAACGGCCUGGAAAUCCGAUCCGGGAUGAGGGAACGAUGAGGAUUUACAUGCUGCAGAGAGACUAUGUGGGCAUUGCACCACUCAUUAUGAACUCGGACAUCCUCAAUACAGCGGUGCUGAACGGUAAGAUGGUGUCUGUGCCAGUGAAGGUGUUGGGAGUGGAGACAGACGGCUCCGUCAGUGACAUUACUAACUCGACUUGCUGCUCAUCCGCAGACGAAGACACUCUUAAGGUGUCUGAGAGGUGCGAUUAUGUGUACGUAAACGGGAAGGAGACGAGAGGAAGGGUGAGGAUGAUGCUGAACUUCACAUACAGCUACCUGAGCACCCAGCUGGAGGUGAGUGUGUGGAUGCCCCGCCUCCCACUUCAGAUCGACAUGGCCGACCCCGAGCUUAACCAAAUUAAGGCAUGGAGGAUCCCUGUUUCCACAGACAACCAGAGACCGAGUUUGGACAGUGAAGAGGAUAAUGAGAAGAAGGUCAGAGGCUGUGUGGUGCAGUAUCAGCACAGCCCAAUCCAAGUACUCACAGCCUUCACUGCGGAGGUGUCAGAUUCGAGCACGUCCUCUCACUUCCUGGGUCCUGAGUGGAUGUUGGAUGUGACUCAGCUGGUCCGGUACUCUCUGAAGGUUGGAGACCCAAGCAUUGCUCAGCUGCACAGAAAAACUGUCCUCAGAGGCAGAGCUCCUGGAGUUACCACUGUCCAGGUCAUGUCCCCCCUGUCAGACACAGUCCUGGGUGAGCGGAUGGUGAAAGUGCUGGAUGAUAAAGUGAGCAUCACAGAUCUCAGUGUGCAGCUGAUGUCAGACCUCUCUCUGUCACUUCAGCCCAGCAACAGGGUCAUCGCAGCCAUGGUCACCACUCAGGACACCAUGCACAACCCCAAACAGGAGGCAGUGGUUGCAUGUUGGCUGCACUUCAGCGACGGCUCUCAGGCUCAUCUUGACUUGUUUGAUCCCAGCAGCUACAAGCUUACAGUCUUCUCACUGGAUAACAGGGUGGUAUCUGUAAGAAAAGUCCCAGGUCCUGUCAUGGUGGCCGAGUCAGAGGGAUGGGGCAUGCUGAUCAGAGCUGAGCUUGCCAUCUGUGAAGCCUGUCAGAAGUCCAGACGCAAGAGCAAGCUCGUUGUUGGUGCUGGCAACGUGACAAUCAAAUUCCUUCCAUUUGAGAAUAGAAGGACUGAAGGCAAAUUGAUCCUGACCCCCUUUCAAGGUCUCCUCAGGAGGGACAUAACCACUGACAUACAAGAGAGCACCACAAGAGAUAUCUCUGCAAUGUCAGCCAAGUCCAGGCUGCAAGAGGCAAUAGGAGGGGCUCUCUCCACCAUCAGGGUGAUCAGCAGCAUCAAGGAUUUGACCGCUACAAAUGCUGAAACUGAAAAUGCUCUUGCUACUGUCAAUCCAGCUAAAAUUUUGACUACCUCAGACUUACCACUUCAACCCGAACAGGAAGUGCCUAUACAGGAAGGAGAUUUAGUGUGGACAUUUGGCAUCUUUACACACAUUGAGAUCUGCAUCUACAUGUUCCUAGGUCUCUCCUGCUUGGCAAUUAUUAUCUUCCUGAUUAACUGUAGCACUCAGAAUGCAAGGUUGCGUGGUAGGAAAUCACCCGUGCAGUGCCAAGGCCCCGAUCAGCACACACAUCACUGGGUGCGCCUGGGCAUGGAUGCAGAACAAUCCAGUGCCAUGCCAAUUGCAACCUCAGUCAACCACCAGGAAAAGGUGCCAAGUACAGCAGGGGAAAGCCCAAAUCCUGCUAUGGAGAACCCCACAGAAAGGACUGCAACCCUGGGUAGAAAAUGUAACACUCUGCCUCUUAGAACCAAUCCUGUGGCACUCAAAUCAGCUGGUCCACUUGCAAAACCAACAAGGAACGAACCAUUGCACUCCCCAACCAGCAAGAGGAACCAGGUCCAGUUCACAACCUUCACCACUCUCGACAUCAAGCACUUGGCAGCACUCAAGAAAAAUUGGUUGGACUUUAGCUGGACCAACCAAGGAGUAAAUCCAGCAACUAAUCAAGGAGAGCUGGCCAGUUUGAACAUGGCAUCCAGUCGAAGUGUAGAGCCUGAUGGUCUUUCUGAAAUUCCAUGGCCAGUGGUAAAACCAGUGGUACAGGGAAAAUGA